GCCAUUUCUAGCGGUUACAGGUUCUCACGCUUUGUAGUCCGCUGGGACAAUGAGCUAUGACUACCAUCAGAACUGGGGCCGUGAUGGUGGGCCCCGAAGCUCCGGCGGGAGCUGUGGAGGAAGUCAUGGAGGGGGCCACGGAGGGAACCGAGGCUCCGGAGGCGGCGGCGGCGGAGGAGGGGGUGGUCGAGGGGGCCGCGGCCGACAUCCUGGACACCUGAAAGGCCGCGAAAUCGGCUUGUGGUACGCAAAGAAACAGGGGCAGAAGAACAAGGAAGCCGAGAGGCAGGAGAGAGCCGUGGUACACAUGGACGAACAUCGAGAAGAACAGAUUGUGCAGCUCCUACACUCUGUCCAAGCUAAGAGUGAUAAAGAUUCAGAAUCACAGAUAUCCUGGUUUGCUCCUGAAGAUCAUGGAUAUGGUACUGAAGCUCCUGCUGAGAAUAAACCAUACUCAGAGAAGAAAUUUGAGGAUCAGGAAAAAAAAUUGAUGAAUCAAGAAAAGAGGACAUUUAGAAUCAGGGACAAAUACAUUGACCGAGAUUCUGAGUAUCUCUUGCAAGAAAAUAAACCAGAUGUAACCUUAGACCAACAGUUAUUGGAAGAUUUACAAAAGAAAAAAACUGACCCUCGGUAUAUUGAAAUGCAGCAUUUCAGGGAAAAGCUGCCUUCAUUUGGAAUGCAAAAGGAAUUGGUAAAUAUGAUCGAUAAUAACCAGGUGACAGUAAUUAGUGGUGAAACUGGUUGUGGAAAAACCACCCAAGUGACUCAGUUCAUUUUGGAUAAUUACAUCGAAAGAGGAAAAGGAUCUGCGUGCAGGAUAGUGUGUACUCAGCCUAGAAGAAUUAGUGCCAUUUCAGUUGCAGAGAGAGUGUCUGCAGAAAGGGCAGAAUCUUGUGGCAGUGGUAACAGUACUGGAUACCAAAUUCGUCUGCAGAGCCGGUUGCCAAGGAAACAGGGAUCUAUCUUAUACUGUACGACAGGAAUCAUUCUUCAGUGGCUCCAGUCAGACCCGCAUUUGUCCAGUGUUAGCCACAUCGUGCUUGAUGAAAUCCAUGAGAGAAAUCUACAGUCGGACGUUCUAAUGACUGUUGUUAAAGAUCUUCUCAGUUACCGACCUGACCUGAAGGUAAUACUGAUGAGUGCCACUCUGAAUGCUGAGAAAUUUUCGGAAUAUUUUGGUAACUGUCCAAUGAUACACAUACCUGGUUUUACAUUUCCGGUUGUGGAGUAUCUUUUGGAAGAUAUAAUAGAAAAAAUAAGAUAUGUUCCAGAACAAAAAGAACGCAGAUCCCAGUUUAAGAGGAGUUUCAUGCAAGGGCAUGUAAAUAGACAAGAAAAAGAAGAAAAAGAAGCAAUCUAUAAAGAUCGCUGGCCAGAUUACAUAAGGGAACUGCAGAAAAGGUAUUCUGCAAGUACUGUAGAUGUUGUAGAAAUGAUGGAUGAUGAUAAAGUUGAUCUGAAUUUGAUUGCUGCCCUUAUUCGAUACAUUGUUUUGGAAGAAGAGGAUGGUGCAAUAUUGGUCUUUCUACCAGGCUGGGACAAUAUCAGCACUUUACAUGAUCUCUUGAUGUCACAAGUGAUGUUUAAAUCAGACAAGUUUCUUAUUAUACCUUUACAUUCACUGAUGCCUACAGUUAACCAGACGCAGGUAUUUAAAAGAACCCCUCCUGGUGUUCGGAAAAUAGUGAUUGCUACCAACAUUGCAGAGACUAGCAUCACCAUAGAUGAUGUAGUUUAUGUGAUAGAUGGAGGAAAAAUAAAGGAGACACACUUUGACACCCAGAACAACAUCAGUACAAUGUCUGCUGAGUGGGUCAGUAAAGCUAAUGCCAAACAGAGGAAAGGUCGAGCUGGAAGAGUUCAACCUGGCCAUUGCUAUCAUCUGUACAAUGGUCUCCGAGCAAGCCUUCUAGAGGACUACCAGCUGCCAGAGAUCUUGAGAACUCCUUUAGAAGAACUUUGUUUACAAAUAAAGAUCUUAAGGCUUGGUGGAAUUGCUCAUUUUCUGAGUAGGUUAAUGGACCCACCAUCAAACGAGGCAGUGUCACUCUCCAUAAAACACCUGAUGGAACUGAACGCUUUGGAUAAACAGGAAGAAUUGACACCUCUUGGAGUCCAUUUAGCACGAUUACCAGUUGAGCCGCACAUUGGAAAGAUGAUUCUUUUUGGAGCUCUGUUCUGUUGUUUAGACCCAGUGCUUACCAUUGCUGCGAGUCUCAGCUUCAAGGAUCCCUUUGUGAUUCCAUUGGGGAAAGAAAAGGUCGCAGAUGCAAGAAGAAAGGAAUUGGCAAAGGAUUCUAAAAGUGACCAUCUGACAGUUGUGAAUGCAUUUGAGGGUUGGGAAGAAGCUAGGCGACGUGGUUACAGAUAUGAAAAAGACUAUUGCUGGGAAUAUUUUCUGUCUUCAAACACAUUGCAGAUGCUGCAUAACAUGAAAGGGCAGUUUGCUGAGCAUCUUCUUGGAGCGGGAUUUGUAAGCAGUAGAAACCCCAAAGACCCAAAGUCUAAUAUCAAUUCAGAUAAUGAGAAGAUAAUUAAAGCUGUCAUCUGUGCUGGUUUAUAUCCCAAAGUUGCUAAAAUUCGACUAAAUUUGGGUAAAAAAAGAAAAAUGGUGAAAGUUUACACAAAAAAUGAUGGACUAGUUUCCAUUCAUCCUAAGUCCGUUAAUGUGGAGCAGACAGAUUUUCACUACAACUGGCUUAUCUAUCACCUGAAGAUGAGAACGAGCAGCAUAUACUUGUACGACUGCACAGAAGUCUCCCCGUACUGCCUCCUGUUCUUCGGAGGAGACAUUUCCAUCCAGAAGGAUAAUGAUCAGGAAACGAUAGCUGUUGACGAGUGGAUCGUCUUUCAGUCCCCAGCAAGAAUCGCCCAUCUUGUGAAGGAAUUGAGAAAGGAACUAGAUACCCUUCUGCAAGAGAAGAUUGAAAGUCCCCAUCCUGUAGACUGGAAGGACACGAAAUCCAGAGACUGUGCAGUCCUCUCAGCUAUUAUAGACUUGAUCAAAACACAAGAAAAAGCCACUCCCAGGAACUUGCCGCCGCGAUUACAGGAUGGAUAUUACAGCUGACAGCUUUCCUGUGGUGGUCUGAAAAGCCAACUUCACAGCCAUUUCCCAUCAUAGGUUAAUUUUUGGCUAAAGGCCAAACCCUGGGACGUGAAUGAUUUUCAUGUGUAAGGCAGACACCUUCAGUCUGCAGUGAAGACUUACUUUGCAUGAGUUAGCAGUGUUACCUGUAGCUAUUAUAAAUACACUGUAAAAAACAAUGCUCUCUGAUCACACAUUCUGUUGUGGUCACGCCCACGCUUUGAGUAUUUCUAUUAAGUAUAUUGAGUCUUGCACCACUUGAGAAGUUCCUUUGUUCUAAGAAAUUAAUUUUUCUGUCCGUAUGAGUGAGUACAGAGCCAGUGAAAGUAGAAUGCUUAGCCAAAAGGCAGUGUCAAGUAGGAAUUUGAACACAGCCACAUUUUUUAAAUGAAAAUUCUAUCAUAAGUUCACUUGUUCUAGUAAAACCCAGUAUUUAAUAAAAUGUACUGUGUGUAAAUCUCA